AUGGCAGACAAACGCAGAAGGAAAAGCCUGAGCAUUUUCCGCCAGAAGGCGGAUCACAGUCCAACGAUACAAAUACCCGCAAGCCCGUUGCUCGAGAAGCGUUCCAGUGACUACCUGCCCAGUCCUGUGGACUCCGAUCCGGCCAGUCCCAAACCUCGCCCCAGGACGUUACAGAAAGCCAAUCGAACCUCGGUGUUUGGAUCCUUGCGCUCGUUACAUUCCCUCGAUGAAGAAGAAAAGCUUGCUCUAACGAGGUCCGACUCAAAAGCGUCAUCUCUCCAGGAAGAAUCCGACAUGAAUGUGAAGGGCCUCUUGGGCAGCAAAGUUCUCCAAUAUGGCGAAGUGCAAGCAGGUGGAGGCAACAUGUUUAGGAAACGGACUCAGUUCAUGGUCCUGACCGAGUCACACCUCAUUCGAUUCAGGAGCCAAAUUAAAGCCGCCGAAAUGUUUCCUAGCAUCCCCAACAGCCUCAACAAGGGGCACACCCCAAGAACUUCGUCUGUGAGUUCCUAUCAAGAACUCCAAAUGUCAACAUAUUCGGACAUCACCUCAGGCGUCCCACUCGAGCAGGUGGUGGCGGUGUACAAGAUCGACGAUGGACGGCCCUCUCCCGUGGUGGAAGUGGCAUACUUUGAUGAACGCGCAAGAAGAGCGUCCGCCAUGCAGUUACAAUUGAACGAGAUGCGCGAAGCCGAGCUCUGGAUUGCUGCCAUUCGUUCAGCUUGUGAUCAGGCGAGGUCUCUAGUCCAGCAGCAGAUCCAAGAUCGAACAGUAGAGCAUCUCGCGCGUGUUUUGGAGCGGGAGAGAGAUUAUGAUCCUGAGCAUUUUCAUGUCUUCAAAGUUGUUCAACGGUUUAUCAACAAGUCAACAGGAAGAGCAUCAGCUGAAGAUUUGACCAGAUUGGGGUCCUCAACAACCUGUUACCUCGUCAUUGGCUUGCACAAAAUCCACCUGGUGCCUCUUCAGAAAUCUUCCACACGAUCAUCGAGCACGUCUCUCAGCGAGCUGGAUGGCAUGAGUUGCUAUGCCAUCGUCAAUUUGACUUCGAUCAGGGUCGUGGCGGACGACGACGCGUUUCAAUUGACCUUCAAACCACCUAUGGCAAAUCCGUGCAUGGUACAACUAGCUUCAUAUUCCGGUGGUGAAAUCGCACUGUGGCUGAGAUCUGCUUCGGAAUACCUGCGACCCGAAUGGCUUAGGCAACCUUUCAUCUUCGACGUCCCUCCUGAAAUCGACGAUCAGAUGAUCCCGCCGAAUUUUCCAAAAGAGGAUCACGAUUGCUUUGAUCGGACAUUGAUUGCGUACUGUGCAGGCUAUGAUGUUGACACAUCUCGCAUCUGUUACGCUGUGGACUAUGAUUGUGAAGAUGCACCACGCUUUCAAUUGCUCCCACCAUCAAACGGUACCACUUAUUCCGCCUUGGAAUUACUUGCUGUGUUUCGAGCCUUACGCUACAAUGAGUCCUUCUCAUCAAUUUCCUUCGCACGAAUCAAUCUGUUACCGCUACGUCUCUAUUACGAUGGGUUCGGAUCGGACUUGGAUAGUCUGUUCACACGGUCUGGAAAUCCUACCAAUAUCGCUGGCCACCAAGAUCUGCCCGUUCUGUCUCAGGAGAUCAGAGUACUGGCAUUGAAAAGCCGGCGAUUGAGACGGCUAGACUUCUCGCAUACAAUUCCUCCUCAGACACUGGCGGGAGAUGGGGAGACCUUGGAUUGUGGGAUUCUGGAGGCCCUUACGCCACUGUGCAAGAGGUCUUUGACCAAUGUUGAUUGGAUUGUGCUGACAGGCCUGCGACUAGCAGAUUCGGACCUGAACUACCUCGUUGACGCAGCAUCGGAAAGAAAAUGCCAUCUUCGAGCCCUUGAAACUGGCGAGUGUGGCCUCUCAGUCCACGACAUUGACGUGCUUUUGUCCGCUUUGGCUGUCCAGGAAAGCACUGUCGAGGUCAUUGACAUAUCAGGGGCCCAAGGUCGGUUCAGUCCGGAGCUGUUUCAGCGCGGCAUGGGCGCUUUUACUCGAAUUCGGCGCUUGAAUCUUACUCGAGUGCAGAAGACGGCUGGUUCAGAGCCUUUACUUCCGCCCGAGGUGCUUUUGGCCUGGAGACUCGAGGCCUUAUAUUUGUCACAAACCACUCUCAAUGAACAGACAGUCGACUCGAUAUCUACUUAUCUGGCAACACCAAAGUCCGAUAUCCUCCGAGAGCUACACGUCAAUCAAUGUGGCUUGACAGGAUACGAUCUUGCGACCUUCUUCCGUUCCAUGACUCGUGACGACAUGCAGACCAGAAUGAUGCACGUAAGUGCCAACGAGAACCGGCUAAAGACAGGCAAUACCGUGCUGUUCAGGACUAUUGCUCAAAACUGCGGGCCAUCCUCGCUGAGCUUACGAAUGAUGGAUUUUGAGAAAGAAAACCACUUUCGCGAAUUGAUCAACGCUCUGAAAGUUAAUACGACGUUACGAAGUUUGGACAUAUCACGUGCAUCCCUACCAUACGAUGCCAGCGUUGAAACCUGUGAGGCGCUGAAGGAGAUGUUUGCCACAAACCGGACCUUGGAGGAGCUUGACAUCAGCGGCGAACAUGCGCAUUUGGACACCACCAGAUUCGGCAUCGGCCUCAAUAUUGCACUGAGAGGGCUGGAAAAGAACACUUCUUUGAAGCUCCUGCGCAUCGAAUAUCAGGCGCUGGGUCUGCAAGGGGCAAACACGUUAGCUGAGGUACUAGAGAGGAACGACACAUUGGUGGAAAUUCAUUGCGAGCAUAACGACAUCAACCUGCAAAGCUUCACGGCGCUUGUUAAUGCACUCGAGAAGAAUUACACGUUGCUGUACAUGUCGACCAUGGACCAUGACAGAGCGAAGUCAAUGGACAAAGUGCGCCGCGAGAUCGAGACAAUGGAACGUGCGGACAGUCCCAGGGUUCCCAAGAGUGGUGGCGGGGCGAUCAAGAAGGCUUUUGCCGGAACCUUGACUGGGAAACCACAUGGGAAAGGACAUGGACAUCGGCACAGUAGCUCCAUGUCUUCCACAGCCUCAUUUACCGAUCAAGACGUGGCGGCAGUGAUGAGCACCUUGGACGAAAAGUGGAACAUACAAGUCACCAGGAUGCAAAAAUACCUAUUUCGCAAUUAUUGUCGCGCACAGGGUGUGCCAUGGGAAGACGGCGCAGGUGACGAGGACAGCCGGCAAACCACGGCAACGGGGGACUCUUCGAUGGCGCAGAUUUUGCAGCGCGUCAAGCUCGACAGAACACCGACGGCAGCACACCCAGAUGCCUUGGAUUACAUUGAUGAGAAACUACGAAGAGACAGUAACAGCCAGAUGAUAUUCCAAAUGCCAGAGGAUUGA